UACGGGCUUACAUUCGCCCUAAUGCGGUAAGGCGUGUGAUGCAUCGCAGAAAGUUGCCUGCAAUACUCACGAUACCUGGCAUCCAUAAAUCUGCUCAGCAUUUAUCAGCAGUAACGACAUGUCUUGUUAGAGCCGACAUCGCCUUUGAGGGGGUAUUGAUUUGCAAUCAUGGUGCGAAAGACAAGAUAUAAGAGCGACCAACUCCUCAGGAGCAUUGCAAGGAACAACCAUAUCAAUCACACAUCAACUCACUACUCUCCUCCCAUAAAGACUCCAAACCAUCAACAAUGCCAUCCUACGUUAUCGCAGGCGCCUCACGAGGCCUAGGACUCCAAUUCAUCAAAACCCUCUCCCAAGACCCAUCCAACACCGUCAUCGCCCUCGCCCGCAACCCCUCCUCCGUCCACCCGCUCCUCCCCUCCCUCCCAAACAUUCACCUCCUCGCCGCCGACCUCACAGACCCCUCCUCCCUCCGCGCCGCCGCCGCCUCCACAUCCACCCUCACCAACGGCACCCUCGACUACCUCCUCAUCAACGGCGCCUGGAUCAACCUGACCACCCAGUCCAUCGCCCCCACAGACCUUGCCUCCCCGGCCAACGAACCCCAGCUUCUAACCGACGUCGACACCGCCUUCAAGACGAAUUUCGCCGGGCCCUUGCUCUGUGCUACGGCGUUUCUUCCGCUUGUUCGUGCCGGGCAGCAGAGGAAGAUUGUGGUGAUUAGUACGGGGAUGGCGGAUGCGGAGUUUGUCCGUGUGGCUGGUGUGUGGGCGGCGUUGGUGUACAGUGCGAGUAAGGCUGCUGUGAACAUGCUUGUUGCGAAGCUUGCUGUCGAGCUGAAGGAUGAUGGGAUUGUUGUGGCGAGUCUGAGUCCUGGGUUGGUCGAUACUGAUGGCACAGAGGCCAGCAAGAAGAACUUCGAGAUGUUGAUGCCAAUGUUCAGAAAGUACGAGCCCGAGUUCCAGGGUCCGAUUACGCCGCGUGAGAGUGUUGAGAUGCAGAUUCGCGUUAUUCAGGGGCUUACGAUGGCGCAUGCCGGGCAGAUGUGGAGUCAUCUUGGGAAUCAGCGCUGGAUUUGAGAUGUUUUCUUUUUUUCCUUUUUUUCUUUUCGGUACGCGCAUGCUUCAAAGAACUCUGUUG